GGCCUGCGAUCGGCGGAAGACCGACUGGCCAAGUACUGUGAUUGAUGGAAUGUUACGAGAAAGACAGAUCCUAGGUGCAGCGAUGUUCUGCCCCUGUUUUGUUUAAAGGUGGAGGCUUCUCUCGUCGCUCGAUUUUCCAGCUCUUUCCCCAACUUCCCCACACAUUUGCCAUUGGCCCACAUUGGCAAUCAUGAGUGAGCACCUCGACAUCAAGGCACACGAUGUGCAGAACGAGAAGGGUUUCACCCAAGUUGACGACUCUAACACCCUCGAUGUCCACGCCAAGAUUGAGGCCUACAAGGCCGCUGCUAUGGCCGCAGAGGUUGAGGAACAGAAGUCAGGUGUGCUACAGGCCGUGAGGGAGUACCCUAUGGCUGCUACAUGGGCAUUCGUCAUGUCUUGCACCAUCAUCAUGGAAGCCUACUGUGUCUUCAUCAUGGGUAGUUUCAUUGCCCUGCCCGCGUUCAGAAACCACUUCGGUGUUCUGAGCCCUACAGCCGCCAACCCCGACAACCACAUAAUCGAAGCCAGCUGGCAGUCCGCUCUCCAGAUGGGUGGACCCGUCGGUGCAAUUUGUGGAUGCUUCUUGGCUGGUCCCCUCACUAGCAAAAUUGGAUACCGAUGGGCAACCAUCGGCGCAUUGAUGGUGCUGAAUGGAUUCAUCUUCGUCAUGUACUUCGGCAACUCGCUCCCGAUCUUCUUCGUCUCUCAGCUUCUCUGUGGUAUCCCCUGGGGUGUCUUCAUCGCGAACGCUCCGGCAUAUUGCAGUGAGAUCUGCCCAAUUCAGCUGCGAGCUCCCGCUACCCAGAUGCUGCAAAUGUUCUGGGCCAUCGGUGCCAUGAUUGUUGGCGGCGCUACCUAUGCGUACAACACAAACCCGGGAGAGGAAGCUUACAGAAUUCCUAUCGCGCUCCAGUGGAUGUUCCCCACUCCCCUCGCUAUCUUGCUCUUCCUAGCCCCCGAGUCGCCUUGGUGGUUGGUUCGCAAGGGCCGUCUCGAGGAAGCCGAGAAAGCUGUUACUCGUCUGGGAAAGAAGGGAGUUAUCAAUGCUAGCGAAGCUGUCGCUAUGAUGCGCCGUACUGUCGACCUCGAGAAGACCAUCAAGGAGCCGAGUCUUCUCGAACUUUGGAAGGGCACCGAUCGUUACCGUACCCUCAUCGUUUGCGGUGUCUACGCAGCGCAGAAUUUGACCGGUAACCUCAUCGCUAAUCAAGCUGUCUAUUUCUUCGAACAGGCUGGUAUGGCCACUAACACCGCUUUCGCCAUGGGUCUCAUCACGUCAGCUCUGCAGUGGAUCUUCGUCAUGCUUUCCUGGGUUCUCACCUCCUACCUUGGCCGACGUACCAUCUACGUUUGGGGUUCGCUCAUCAACGUCGCAUUCCUUGUCGCCCUUGGUAUUGCUGGCUCAGUCGCUAUAUCAAACGCAUCCAACCUGGCACAGGCCUCUUUGGGUCUGAUCAUCUCCGUUCUGUUUACUUUGGGACCUGCUCCCGCUUCAUGGGUCAUCAUUGGAGAGACCUCCGCGAUUCGUCUCAGGCCCCUGACUACCGGUGUUGGACGCGCUGCCUACUACAUUGUCAACAUUCCGUGCAUUUUCCUCUCGAGUUACAUGCUCAACCCUGACCAAGCCAACCUUCGUGGCAAGUGCGGUUACGUCUGGGCUGGUACUGGUUUCCUCUGCUUCGCAUUAGCGUACUUCUUCUUGCCUGAGAUGAAGGGUCGCUCCUACCGCGAGAUCGACAUUCUGUUCAAGCGCAAGGUUCCUGCCCGCCAGUGGACCAAGACAGAGGUCGACAUUGCGACUGACGAGUAAUCGAGCACAUCCAAGAAGGCUCUGCAUUGGAUUACACAAUCUUCUCUGCAGCUUAGAGACGAGAAGAGACAGCAGCAUAUGUUCUUCGUUUAGCUUUUUAGUGAUGGAAAGAGACGGCAGACAUGCCAGUCAACGCGAGAUAUUCAUGAUAUCCUAGUAAUUGCAUUCUUGCGAAUUCGCUGAAGUAUCUACCUGUGACAUACACGCCACUUCUCGAAUUCAUCCGCAGAAACAGAUGCAUGGCGGGCAAUCUUAUAAGACAUGUCAG